AUGGGCAAAGGCGGUAGAAUAGCGUGUAUCUUCACGCCCUACCUCCUCACAAUCGGAGCCCUCGUCUGUCUCAUCUUUGUAGGUUUGGGUGUGACAAGCCCCAACGCCCCAUUAAAUGACAUUUACUUCGUCAAGGCCGAUCUAAAAGACUUGAACCUCAAUUCAAAAGGCUUUCCCCAAGAACUCCUCCCCUUUACCAACAGCCUCCAACAAGCAGACGGCAGCGGCAAACUACACGAUUUCUACCUCAUUGGCCUCUGGAACCACUGCUACGGCGAGUAUGAGAACGGCCAGUACAAGAUCAUCAGAUGUACCGACCGCAAAGCCAAAUACUGGUUCGACCCCGUCAAAGAAUGGGAUCUAGAAGAUUUGGUCAAGGAUAAAGAUGGCCACAAGUUCUUACCUUCCAGCCUCGAUAAGGGCCUCAGUGCCUACCGGAAGGUUGCUGGAUGGAUGUUCAUCGCCUUCAUCGUGGCGUUAGUAGCGACCUGUGUCGAGUUACUGGUUGGUAUCGCUGCUGUCUUCAGUCGAUGGGGUAGCCUGGCCGUCACCAUCGUGUCUUCUGUCUCCUCCGUUUUCUUUUUUGCCGCCGCCAUCACCGCUACUGCGAUGUACGCCGCUCUAACUGCCGCCGUCAACACUUCCUUAAAACCCUACGACGUCCACGCCUCACUGGGAAAAACCAUGUUCUCAACUCUUUGGCUGGGGGUUGCCUUCUCCCUCGCCUCUGGCAUCUUCUGGCUUUUCAGUGUCUGCUGCUGCUCCGGUCGCUCGCCUUACAGCCACUCCAACAACAGCGGUAGUGGCUUCGGCGGCCGUCGCAACCGCGGCAUUACCGCUGAGAAGACUCCAUAUACAUACGAGCGCGUUUCGGAUCCGUACGGCGGCGCCGCGACAGCGCCGUUCAUGCCCGCUGCAGCGGGUAGUGCACCUGUAAGUGGCGCCGGCGUGGGCGGGAGGGAUAUGGCGUACGAGCCAUUCAGACAUCAUGAUGCGCACGCAUAA